ACAAGGACACCUUUUUUUAUUGUAUUUGUUUAGAAAGUAACAAUAUUUGACUGUUUUUGUAAUUCUCUAAAUAAAUCCCUUUUCCAUUUCAGCAUUCACAAGGCAGUGGAAUCAACAGAAUGGAGAUUAUUCAUGAAUAUGUGAAGCUACGCAGUGAAUUUGGCCGCCAGUGUCUCUUUUCAGACCGUCCUGCGGAGCUGCUAAUCGAUGUUCCUCCAAAUCAAAAGCUGGCAAUGCAGUUUGUUCUUAAGGAAACAAGAGACCUGGGUGUCCAGGGCUGCUGGGAAAUGUCGGAGCAUGAGGUCAAUACAGAAAGGUUUGAGUAUGACAACGAAGGGAUUAAUCACGUGGAGGGGGGCUGGCCCAAAGAUAUCAACCACCUAGAAAUGGAACAAACUAUACGUUUUAGGAAGAAGAUAGAGAAAGAUGAAAUCUACAUGAAUAGCGUCCAAGUGCUAGGAACACUUGUAGGACAAUGUGUUGGACAAAAUAAUGCUGUGGAUAUCUACCAAGAAUAUUUUGAGGAGGAAGAAUUGCUGGAUGAGACUCAGGAAAAACCAUGUGUAAAAAUCGUUAAUGUAUACAGAGACCCACACCUGGUGAAACGACACGUCACCUGCCUUUCUUGGCAACCAAAGGGAGGCACAAAGCUGGCAGGUGCCUACUGCUGCCUUGAGUUGCAGAAAGCCAAUAUAGACAUGAGCCAAGAGUCUUACAUCUGGGACAUCGGUGGGUACAACAGACAGAGUGAAAAUCAUACAGUCUUUGAGUACUGUGUAUGUGUUGCAGAGAACCCUACCCAACCUGAUAUUACUCUUAAUUCGACAACUCAACUCAUCUGUCUGAAAUACAACCCAGAUGAUAUGCACGCUCUCAUCAGUGGCGGCGUUAAUGGGCAAAUUGUGUUAUGGGAUUCCCGUAAUGGCCAUUGUCCUGCGGCAAUUACCCCUUCGGAAGAGUCUCACAAAGAUCCUGUUUACAAGGUCUUGUGGUUGAAAUCCUCUUCUGGGACAGACGCAUUCUCUGCCUCCACUGAUGGACAGAUUCUCUGGUGGGAUGUCCGCCAGUUGAAUGAGCCAAUAGACAGACUGAUUCUGGACCUUAGUAGGAAGGACAACCAAGACAAAGCUUUAGGAGCCAUCUCUCUGGAUCAUAACGUUUCCAUGCCAGACACAUUCUUGGUGGGUACGGAACAGGGGGCUGUUGUAUACUGCAACAAGGCAGCGGAAACGCCGGCUGAGAGAAUUGUCCGUACAUACGAUGGCCACCAUGGCCCUGUCUAUGCCAUUCAAAGAAACCCUUUCUUUUCCCAAAAUUUCCUCACCGUGGGAGACUGGGGAGCCCGCAUUUGGUCACAGGACAUCAAGGAGUCAUCUGUCAUGUGGACUAAGCACCAGACGGAUUACUUAACAGAUGGCUGCUGGAGUCCUGUCAGACCCUCGGUCUUCUUCACCGUGAAGAUGGAUGGUGUACUGGAUAUCUGGGACAUCUUGUUUAAACAGAAUGAUCCCACUCUAAGUCUCAAGGUACGUGAUGAAGCUCUGUGUAGCCUCAAUGUGCAUGAGGGUGGAUGCAGGUUAGCUUGUGGCUCUCAGCAGGGUAUUGCAACACUAAUAGAUAUCAAAUCAGGACUUUGCACCCCACAGCAUAAUGAGCAGGAACUCCUUGGUGAGAUGUUGGAACGUGAGACCAAGCGCGAAAAGGUCCUCAGGGCUCAGAGAGGAGGGGACGAGGGUGGAAACAGCGAGGAUACUCAAAAGGAGUUGAUCCUCCGACCUGAGUAUGACUUUCACAAUGUAGUGGAAUCAGAGCAGAGGAGGAGGCAAUGGGAGACUAGAACACAGCAUUACCCGUAGAUUGGUGGGACAGAAAGCAGAAAACAGACAACAGCAAGAGUCCAAGAAGUAGAUCUACUAGUGAGCUGCAAUGUGGUGUUUAGCAAGGCAGUCAUAACUUCUUGUCGACCACUAGUUAUGCUGUAAGAUCAGUUUUUUCUUUAACAUUUUCUUCUAUUGCUACGUAUACUACAUUUUAAAAAGUCAUAAAAAGAAAGUAAAGAAAAAAAGUCCAGCAAAAAACAUGCUCAAGUCCAACAUCUGAUCUCAGGACUGUUACACAAAGAUGCUGCCUUAGACUCAAAUUGUUUUAAGAAAAAUAUGUCCUUUUUAUUGAAAAGCGCAUGUUUCAUGUCAAACCACACAUUUUACAUUGCAACAUGACAGAGACUGUUUAGAAUACAUUAAUUUCAGAUCACAUAACACUUAAAAGACCCAAGAGUGAAGAACUCUGAUGUCUGUGAAACUUCACUGGGAAGUACUUAAGAUCAUUGUAGUAGUAUUGUGUAAAAUCAAUAAGUUUAGCAACACCCAAGAAAAUGAGAAUAAACAAUUGAGAAAUGACUCAAAACAAGAUGUUUUCAAUGCAUUUUUGCUUAACAAGCUAUUCAAGAUGUAUUGUCUUAAAAUUUAGAGACAUUAUUCUAUUUUGAAAAUGAAAUGGAUAUUUUACUUUGUUGCUGCUUGAUGAGCAAAAUUAUUGUGAAGGAGGAAGUAGUAAAUGCUCCACAUAACUACUGUACGAAUGGCAGCGUUCAGUCCGAAUAUAUAUUGGAGAAGGGCCAACUCAUACCAGUUCUCUGGUUACAUCAUGAAGCCCCUGUUUUAUCACUGGCCAAAAUAAAUCCAGCUCACUAAGGAGGUGAAAAGGGUUUAUUGACAUAUUUCAGCAGUUUUCAGUCAUUGCACUUAUUUUCAGUAAUUAUCUUGAAACUUAUGUAUUCAGUGAAGAGCUUUAAAAUAACAUUGGAUAGCAUCUAAGAGUGUUAAGGGCAACAAAUAGAUGACAGACCACAGAGUAACAAUGUAUAUUGGGGUUUUGAUAAGCAAGCAGAGGAGAUGGCAUUACAGAAUACAAGGAAAACACAAGGGAAAGAGGAAAAUAACUUCUGCUAUAACCCUGACAGUCAAUUCUCUCCAGGAAGGAAGUGCUCAUGGUUGUCAACGAAGUUAUUACAAAAAUAUUUUCCCUGUUUUGACUUGCUUAACUGUUUGUCCUCCCUUUUUGUUGCAGUGGAAACACUACUCCUGAACAAGACUUCCAGUUUGUGUCAAUAUUAUAAAAUAUUUCCCUAAGUUGAACAAAUGAAUUCAUUUUAAUUUUAUAAACAAGUCCUCACGAUGCUGUAACCCGUAUGUUCUGAUGUAAAUGCUCAAGAUCAUUUACCACUCAAGUUGCUCAAGUAUUGAACUAUUUCUGAUCACUGUUACACUUUCUUGUACUUAAUAUGCCACUUAGCAGUUGUUUUAAAAUAAAUAGAAACAAAUUCUACAUGCACUACAUUCUACAUUCACUUAUGUUGACCAUCUUCAACAUACAGUGGGGCAAAUAAGUAC